AUGGCAGUCAAUCACUUCAAGAACAAGCGUGCGGCGCACAACAUCAACCGGAACAGUGGCGAUAAUUGGAAUCUCUUUCGGCAUGUGUCUUGGAGCAAUCGGCGAGAAACAUGGUCUGGGGGCCAGCUGGAGUCGCAGCGGGAGGAGGCUGGAGGGAACGGCGACGGCCAUGACGAUGCAGCGCGAUUGACUCACGUUAGCACAGCACCGACGACCCAGCGCAUCACAACGCCAACCAACCCCUCCAACUCGGACGCCGUCGCAAGCUCCGCCAAGGGCAGCCACGAGGCCGAGAUUGCAGACGAGAAGCCGACCAGCCAUUGCUCCAUCGAUGACGCUCCGCUAGGCGGCGUCAGAAACCGAAGAGCUGACCUGGAUGGGCCCAGUGUUGCCGCCGACGGGCCCCUCGGCAUCCCUCCCGUAACUACUGACGAUGACGACAACAACGGCAAGGGAAAGAAGAACAGCAAGCCAGAAAAGGGCGGGAUGAUUCGACACGUCCAGCCCAAAGAACCCUUUACCGUGGCCAAUCAGCUGCAGCGCACCUUUUUGAACUCGUGGAUCAACAUCCUCAUGCUGGCCGCGCCUGCUGGCAUUGCCAUGCAUUACGCCCACGUCGACGGCAAAGCCGUCUUUGUCGUCAACUUCAUCGCCAUCAUCCCCCUGGCGGCCAUGCUCAGUUUCGCCACCGAGGAAGUCGCCUUGCGCACCGGCGAGACCCUCGGUGGUCUCAUCAACGCCACCUUUGGCAACGCCGUUGAGCUCAUCGUUGCCGUCAUUGCCCUCAAGGACAACAAGGUGGCAAUCGUCCAGACCUCCCUGAUUGGCUCCAUCCUGUCCAACCUGCUCCUCGUCAUGGGCUUUUGCUUCUUUUUUGGCGGCUUGCGCCGGCAAGAGCAGCACUUCAACCACACCGUCGCCCAAACGGCCGCUUCCCUGCUGGCCUUGGCCGUCGCCUCGGUCAUUGUUCCGUCCGUUUUCGAAGUCGCCGCGCCGAAUGUGGGCCAGGACGAGAUCGCCAAGAUGUCGAGAGGAACCGCCGUCAUCCUCCUCGUCGUGUACGCCGCCUACCUUUUUUUCCAGCUCAAGACCCACCAGGCCGUGUUCAACGAGGAGAGCCAGAAGGUGCCGGCAAAGCCCUGGUCAACUGGAGGUCUGGGAUCCGGCGCCGUCAAGCAAGGCCUCGCCAUGCCCAGCGGGCUCAUGGGGUACGGGAUGCCUGCCCAGGACGAGAACCAGCGGCUGUCCAAGAUGCUCAUGCCCCGCCGCCGCGCCGAGGACGACGAGGACGAGGAAGAGGACCCCCAGCUUCACUUCUUUGUUGCCUUGGGCACGCUGCUGGUCUCCACCGUCAUCAUCGCCUUUUGCGCCGAAUCAAUGGUUGGCUCCAUCGACGACAUUACGCAGGCGGGCGGCCUGAAGGAGGAGUUUGUAGGGCUCAUCUUGCUCCCCAUAGUCGGAAACGCCGCGGAACAUGCCACGGCCGUCACCGUCGCCAUCAAGGACAAGAUGGAUCUGGCCAUUGGCGUGGCCGUGGGGUCCAGCAUGCAGGUUGCGCUCUUCCUCAUCCCUCUUCUCGUCGUCAUUGGCUGGGGCAUGGGCAACAUCAACAUGGACCUGAGCUUCGACAUGUUUCAAGUAGCCGUCUUGUUUGUCGCCGUCUUGCUGACCAACUACCUAAUUGGCGACGGCAAGAGCCACUGGCUGGAAGGCUGGCUGCUGAUGUGCCUGUACGCCAUUAUCGGUGUCUGUGCCUUUUGGUAUCCCGAUAUUCAACUUGACAAGGCAAACGGGAAAGGGUCAUAG